CAUUAUUUUGUGGCUGUCAUGCUUUUUCCCUAAUUUAAUUCCUGAGUGUUUCACAGUACGUAAUUGUGUGUUUUGUACAAUCAUUUCCUUUCUUCAAUAGUGAAUCCCUAAAACUUGAUUAUUUUGCCUGUAAUGAUGCCUUUGGUGUGAUGGUGUAUUCAUUUCCUCCUCUACCUGAUGGUGGUGUGUCUUCUUCUUCUUCUGGCCUUGUGUGUGUGUCAUUGGGAAGAGUGGGGAGUUUGAGUGGACGUUCGUCCCCGCGUUGCUCACCCCUUCUGGGGCGCUCCCCACGCUUCCACCGACGCACUGCUUCUAAUGCCUCUACGGUUUCCAUUCAGCGGCGACGCUCGUCUCCUACACCCACAAGAUUGGGAUCCCCAUUGAUGAGGUCCUCAUCACCAUCAUUGAGAAUACGCACUGCACCCCACUCACCUACUCCAGGAAGUACAGGUGCAUCUAGUGGAUCGCCUCUUGCUAGUGCUUCUGUACAAUCUUCGAAACCUGCAGGUAAUACAGGGAUUAGUGAAGCCCCUACUAUAUCGAGAUCAUCCUCCAUCGCGUCUGUCACCCCGACAUCUACUCCCACACCUCCUUUGGUUCACACAUCCCGCGCAGGUUCAAGUGGGAAUGAAUCUGAAAUAAGUGAUGAUGAAAGUCUCUCUGGUGAUGGGAAGAUGGGCGAGGUGGGUGAUGGACAACGGUCUGUCAUCAUGCAUAUCAUCUCUCAGCUGCGUCUAGGGAUGGACCUUACACGCGUCACGCUUCCCACCUUUAUCUUGGAGCGACGGUCUCUCCUUGAGAUGUUUGCCGACUUUCUAGGCCACCCUGAUUACUUUAUAAAAGUUGCUGAAGCCACAACGCCUGAGGAUCGAAUGCAGGCUGUUGUGAAGUGGUACUUAACGAGUAUCCAUGUAGGUCGUAAUGGUUCAGUUGCCCAGAAACCUUACAAUCCUAUUAUUGGUGAAACUUUCCAUUGUAGUUGGAAAGUUCCACUUGAACAAAUGGCAACUCAGGAUAGUGAAGAAAUACCUGAUAGUAAAUCAAAAGAUGGAAAGAAACCUUACCUUACCAUCAGAUAUGCUGCAGAGCAGGUGUCCCAUCAUCCCCCAGUCUCUGCUUUCUUCUUUGAAUGUCCAGAGAAGCAGCUUAGUAUUAAUGCUCAUAUCUGGACAAAAUCUAAGUUUAUGGGUAUGUCAAUAGGAGUGAAUUUAGUUGGAGAUAUCACUCUUAUCAUUGGCAGUGUCAGAGAAAGUUACAGUCUCGCAAUGCCCUCUGCGUAUGGACGUAGCAUUUUGACAGAACCCUGGGUGGAAUUGGGAGGUCGCGUCAACAUAAUGUCCCCAGAAUCAGGCUGCCAGGCUGCAAUCGUUUUUCACACUAAGCCAUUUUAUGGAGGAAAGCUUCACCGUGUGACAGCUGAAGUAAAAAAUGCUGCUGGAACAACACUGACUAGAGUUCAAGGAGAAUGGGAUUCCUGUCUGGAGUUCACCUAUGCUGAUGGAUCCCAGGAGGUCAUUGAUGUGAAUGAAAUACCCAUGGUUUGCCACAAAAGAUUACGUCCUCUGGCACAACAAGGUCCAGGUGAAUCACGGCGACUAUGGCACGAUGUGAGUGUGGCUCUUGCUCGUGGCGAUGUAGAAACAGCAACGAGCCACAAGAGGGCAUUGGAAGAACAGCAGAGAAAAGAAGAGCGGGAACGAAAUGCUCAUGGAGCUGCAUUUCCCACUAGGCUCUUCAAUUCCCCAGCCCCAGAUCAUUGGGUUUAUAACCAGUUGCCAUCCUAUGCUUUCACUUCAUGUCCUCUUUCUGCUCCUCCUGUUCAGUAGAACUUGCUGCCUUGAGCAUGAGAAGGCAUUCUUAUAUCUGGGGAUCACAGUCAGAGGUUCAGUUAAUGCUUAGCAUGCCAAAGAUUAUUUACAUGCUGUAGAAGAUGGUUUCAUCCUCAGGCAUGUGUUUUUCUUUUAUAGGGGGUAGCAGGAAUUAUGGGUUAAUAACUGCUCCUAUUUGCUCAAUGUAUUUUCUUUCAAGUUGAUUUUACAAGAACUUUCAUAGAAGCUUAUGCCUUGAUAUAAUUGCUGUUAUCUCUGUUAAACAUAUUUCUUUUCCAUUGUCAUUUAUUGGUCAGUUGCCCUGAGCUUAGUGUUUCAAACACAUUGAAAGCAGAAUUUGCCUCAGUUGUCUUUUUUUUAUUAUACUGAUGUUCAAACACCUGCUUCCUGAGGAAUUGGAUGGUAUCCUUGCAAAUCUGGGUAAGUUGUGCACCUGGGUCCUUUUACUUACCGUCAUUAAUACAAGCUGUGGUUUCUUGGGCAUUUAAAUUAUAACUUUGCUCCAACUAUUUUAUUUGUGUCCAACUCUUAGUGGCAUAGAAUUAAGGGGAUGAUUUUGUAAUAAAAUACGUCCAGGUGUAGUACAUCAAGUUUACUGAAAAUUUACAGCAAUGUUAUGAAAUAUUGUGCUAUGCUCAGUUAAUGACGGUAUAGUUGGUGUUGCGUGUUGUUUUUCUACAGCAGUCCUAUAACUGGCAGUGCCAACUGAUAGACAGUGUUUGCCAUAAAUUUUGCAUAUUCUACUCCAUAUUCACAUAUUUUAUAUAUAUUUUUAUGGUCAUUAACUUCAUGUUAUCCUUGUUCUGCUUUGUAGCUGGUGCAUAUUUAGUAAUGUCAUAAUUUGUUUUCAAGUUCAGUACUCAGUGUACUUGAAUAUUUUCAAAUGUUUUAUACGUAUUUAUUUUACAUUUGCAGGCAGAUAUAUGUAGCCGUAAGAUCAUAUUGUUCAGGUCAACAGUAUAUCCUCUUGUUUUUUUUGUUUUUUUUAAUCUUGAAUUAUAAUGCUGUACAUCAGCACUGCAAUAUUGUAUAUCAUCAUAGGUCACCGAGGCAUUGCUGCACUUGAGCUGUGUAUGAGCCGUCCAGUAAAGUUAUCCCUUGUUGACAAAUGACAGAAUAUUAGUUGACAAAUUAAUAUUAAUAUGCUAAAUCAGGUAGUAUGAUAUUAGCCAGUAAGUCCAAAUGUCUUAAGAUGGUAGCAUGUUUUUCUUUUCAUAUUUCCAUGGAAAUUAUAUGGAGAAAAGUGACGUGGAAACUGGUUUCUGUAAAUUUAAAUGUGCAGUCCAGCUGGAAGGAUUCUAUAAUUAUUUUUUAUUUUCUGCAAUGAUUUGUAAAUGAAUGAAUGUGUGUAGAUCAGAUUACUGCCAUCAUCCAUUAUUCUUUGUAUGCAGUUUGACUAGCCAGGUGAUGUGCUGUUUAGGACAUUGAGGUUCUGCCUCAUUAAUAAUGUGUCAAGCGUAUUUUCUAUUUGAAUGAUGAGACACGUUAAUUCCUCCCCUUGGAGGUAAAAGAUUCACGUUGGUGAUUUAAGAGUUCUUCUGGGCAUGAUUUUUGGUUUUUAUUUCUAAUUUGACAUUUUAAUAUUCAGAUUUCAAAAGAAUUAUGAUUGCAUUGAAUUGCCAAUAUCAAUUUUAACAUUAUUUUACUGUAAAUUUAUUCCAUUCCUGAUGGACUUCCUAGUAAAAAGCAUUGCAUAGAUUACCCUCUUGAUUUUUUUUUUAUCAAAAUAUGCAGACCAAUAAAACUGCAUCUCUAGAGGUAACAGUACUGUAGUAUGCAGUUGAAUCAAUUACUUUACUUUAUAAUUACCCUUCCUUGUUAGCUACUAGUUCAUAACAUUUAAAGUUUAAAACCAAGAAAUAUUCAUUUUAUAAUUGUAAUUCAGUACCUGUAUGUGAGUAUUCAUAUGAUAAAAAUUGGAGACGCAGGAAACACUUUUGGUCCAAAGCAUCAGUCAGUUUUUAAGGUAAAAUGUUCAUCUAGACUUAUCUGGUGGAAUCUGAUAAUCCAAACACUGUAUCACUAGGUACAUGAACAGAGAACAUUUAACUCAUUUUACCUUAAAGUGAGUAUGAUGCCCCUUUUAGCAAGAGUUUGCCUUGAUCUUCUCAAUUGGAUUUGACAGUCAUUGUUAUUUGGCUUGAGGCAUGCAGAAUUUAAGUCCAGGGGCUGGAGUUGUGAGGUGACUAGCUCUGCUGCAUAAACAUUUUUCUGUAUUGAGUUAUUGUAUUGUGGUUCUGUAUGCUAUUCACUGAAGCUUAUGGAAACUUGUUCAUUAUGUUGUUUCCCAUUUUUUAUGUAGAUUUAUGCAGAGCCAAUAGUUGUGGCAAGCUUUCUAUUUUCCUAUCAGUCAUUCUGCACCGCCUUACGUUUAAACUCUCCCCCUCAAAUCAGACUUUAUGGACUAAUCCACCUUCACUUUCUUCCCAUGCCCUUCCAGCCCCACUUCUAUUCACCUUCAUCCCACACAUCACUCAACUUUUAACAUCACCAAACCACCUCGGUCUCUAUUCUAUGGGGUGUAUUUUAUCACUUUUGCUGUUCCUCUUAAUUGCAUCAUUCCUUAUCUUAUUUCUCUAUAACAAAUCCAUCUUAUCGUAGUUAUUUUUGCUACAUUUCCUUCACUUUUGAAGUUCCGCUUUGUCUCAUUCCUUACCUUAUUUUCUAUCACACAUCCUCUCAUCAUUGUUAUUUUAUCUACAUCUAAUUCUAAUUAUAUACUAAUUUAUCAUCCUUGUUUCUGUCCCUUACAUCAACUGGCAACCUCCUCUGAAAACGAGCAGAAUACACAACUAAAACUAAUUAUAUAAAAACAGGUUUUAAACUCCUAGCAUAAUUAAGGGGGGUGGACGAUUGGAGUAGAUCAAAAUGAAGUACAGUAAUUUAGUCGUCAAUACCACAUCAGGGGAAUGGAAUUUCAGGUCUGAGGUGGCAAACAUCAACGGGAAAAGUACCAAUUGGAACAUAUUGUAAAUAUGAGAAAAAAAUAUUUGCAAAAAUUUAAUAAUGAUGAUUCAGUCAAUGUUGAGGUUAGUUGCACUCUUGCUACAAGAGGUUACAUUUUGGUGCUGAUUGUUCUAGCUACCCUGAGACAUCAGUCUGAAUGUCUUGUAUAAUUUCAUUGUCUUUAAGACAUAUGGUACCAUCUGUUGAGAUCAUUCAUCUCCAAUUAAUUAUUAAUAAAAUUAUCUUUGUAGGUGACCAAUUACCAAAAGUAAUGAUCAAUCACUGUGCCCACUGAUAUUUUUUUCCCGUUACAUUUUUAGACUUGGUUUGCUGCUGAAAAUUCAGCAUAAAUUUUUGCUGUAAUGUGAAUGUAUUCACUAAAAUUCUAUAAAAUUUAAUGCAUUCUUUCCAAUAUAA